ACCAGCAAAGUUUUUCUCGAGCUUGUUCUUAUCCUUGCACCUCGAUGUUCACCGUAGAACUGUAAAGCUUCCUUCGUACAGCAGUAUAUUCAGUAUUUUACUUGCUAUCUACCUGCUUUUUACAUCUCUCCUUCCUACAUACAAUCAUACUCCCACCAUUAUGGUUCAGAACGACAACAUUGCCAAUCAAAAUGCCGUACCCGGCGCCCUGGGUAUCAACCUACUGCAACAAGGUGCUGUACAACCUGCACCUCUCGCACCUCCUGCACCUCCUGCACCUCCUGCACCUCCCGCACCCCCUGCUGCAGAGAACCAGCUACGAGGAGAGCCCAUUCUGCCUCCUCCACGCCCUCUCAACCAGCAGCUUCAGGACGACGCGCGCAGAACGCUGCUGCUACAGAGCAUCGCAGAUGCACAAAAAGAACUUGACGGGCUCAAUGGCCAGCAGCCAGCAGCCGCACGCAUGCCCUUCGUACCGGCCUUCGUCGAUCAAGCCGACGUAGACUGCACUAGAGAGAUCGCUGCGGCCCUGCUCGGGGAAAACCCAUUGACGAAACCCAAUCGAGCGAAGAAAAUAGCUGGCUUCAAAGCAAACGCUUUGCACUCCGUAAUACACAUGCAAUCAUAUGUUUCACAUCUACUCUCGCACUUGUACUCGUUUCACACCUACUCUCGCACUCGUACUCAUCCCACCCGUACUCGCACUCAUUUCACCUGCAUGCUCGCACCCGUUCACAAUCCUGGGACCUCGUUCUCCCCUACCUUCGCAUUCAUAUUCAUGCUCGCAUCCAUUUCCUACGUGACUCGUUGUUGCCCCGCACUCGCACCCAAUGCAAUUCCGUUUGAAUGCUCUGCAUUCCACCCACUCGCAAACGACUUGGUGUAUUCAGUCACCCUUAAUCUGUUCCAUCUCAAUCUCGUCACCGUGCUCUCGUCCUUCUGACUCACGCGCACCCGUUCCUGUAUCGUACAGCGCCAGCCCCGCCACGAGCUGAUCGUGGUAUAGCCACCUUCAACUAUGUCCCGUUAACAGCACUCAC